CGCAGCACUCAGCUGUCGGCAUUGUAUUAAUUCGGAAGCUGCGAGUCGCUAUAUCGGUGGAAAUUUAGCCACUCAGCGAUAUUCGCCCGGUGGGAAGAAGUAUAGGGAAGAAGAGGGGCGAGAGGGAGAAAUUUCAAAUCCACAUUCCCAAUCACCGCGUGCAGAAAUCCGGAGUUAUUUCAUCCCGUGCGCGAUGGAUCCGCUCGAACAAAUGCCAAAGUCAGAUACCAUCAAGCUUCGCGAACGUCACAUCGGGCAAUCGUGCAAGCUCUUCUACCGGUCAAGUCCGUUAAAAAUUGUCAGAGGCAAGGGUCAGUACAUGUACGAUGAAAGAGGUGAACAGUACUUGGACUGUAUCAACAACGUUGCCCAUGUUGGACAUUGCCAUCCGGACGUGGUGCGCGCUGGUCAGGAACAAAUGGCGCUACUCUGCACUAACAAUCGUUUUCUCCACGAUAAUCUGGUGGUCUGCGCCCGUCGACUGACGUCACUUCUUCCGGAUCCACUGUCGGUCUGUUUCCUGGUAAAUUCCGGAAGCGAAGCUAACGAUCUCGCGCUGCGAUUGGCCCAGGCGCACACCCGCAAUACGGAAAUUAUAAUCGUGGACCACGCUUAUCACGGACAUCUGACCUCGAUGAUCGACAUUUCCCCCUACAAAUUCAACAGGCCGAAUGGAACAGGAAAAAAGGACUUCGUCCACGUGUCUCCUUGCCCUGACGUGUACAGAGGGAAGUACCGAGACGUGGAUUAUCCCGGCGAAGAUUUGGGGGUGAAGUACGCGGACGAUGUGAGGAGAAUAUGCGGGGAAAUAAAGGCGAGGGGUAAAGGGGUGCAGGCCUUCAUAGCCGAGAGCCUGAUUUCAUGCGGGGGUCAAAUAUUGCCGCCGGAAAACUACUUCAGAAACGUUUACAAACACGUGAGAGAAGCCGGAGGUGUCUGCAUAGCCGAUGAAGUUCAAGUCGGUUUCGGGCGAGUCGGAAGCCACAUGUGGGCCUUUCAACGCUACGGAAGUGACGUCAUUCCGGACAUUGUAACCCUCGGGAAACCCAUCGGGAACGGACACCCAGUCGCUGCGGUUGUAACCACUCGAGAAAUUGCGACAAGUUUCAAGAACACGGGAAUAGAAUAUUUCAACACGUACGGUGGUAAUCCAGUAUCCUGUGCAAUAGCCAACUCGGUCAUGGAGGUCGUGGAACGAGAGGGUCUCCAGGAACACGCUCAGAAGGUGGGCAAGCACCUCGUCACAGAGUUGGAGAAAUUGGCUCAGCGUCAUCCGAUAAUCGGCGAUGUUAGAGGGGCUGGUUUGUUCGUCGGCAUCGAGCUCGUCCGAGAUCGCGCGAGGAGGAUUCCGGCGACGGAAGAAGCCAGUCACGUCGUCUCCAGGAUGAAGGAGGAGAAAAUAUUGGUCAGCAGUGACGGACCGGACAAUAACGUCCUCAAACUCAAACCUCCCAUGGUGUUCAGUAUCGAUAACGCCAAUCACUUAAUCGCUGUUCUCGACGAAGUUCUCGACGAAGUUGAAAUCGACAUCAAGCUGAAGAACGGUGCGAUCGAUGAUCUGAUGGUAGACAGCAGUCUCCCCAAGUGGGAGGUGAACGUACUGAAAAGUGUCGUCAGUCAGCUUCAAGUCGACGUUCAAGGUGAAAACCAAAUGGAUUCGACGUACAACCAGGAACCUGAAGGGGACAAGGCCUACGCAACGUUCAAGGUGAUGGAGGAUUCGGUGACUGGAAAGUGCGAGGUGCUCUACGACAUUUCGCCUCUUCCCGACUACAUUCUUCAGACCAAACCUGAAUUGGCUCCGUUGCCUCAGCUUCGUGGUGAUGGACAAAUGAUCGAUGUCGUCAAGGCCAAGAACUUUAGUCACUGUCAUCAGAAUCCGACUCGCAGCUACGGUAUGGAGUGGUUGAACGACUGGGAGCCCGGCACUAACAGCAACGGACAUUUCUUCUCGAAAUCUUCAAUGAGUCGCAUCAUUCUUUCCGGAACUCUCGAUCGCCACACGAUUCAAUCCUCUGUCACAACGACCAAAUUUGUCUUGAGCCCAGAACUUCACAACGAGCAAAAGGGCAUGGUAGUAAGCAGACUGAACCUCACUCUGGUCGCAGUUGGCUCAGCGUCAAGCAGCAUCUCAUCACCUUCUAGCGUCAAGUCUACCGGAAAUCUGGUCUACCAUUAUGACUCACCUGCUUCUCAGAGUGGUUUGGAGGGAGACGAAAUUGAUGACUCUGGCUCAAACAGCUCCGACAGCAGCUCUAGUUCCAGCUCCAGCUCCUAUUCCGAAUCUGACUCCAGCUCCAGUUCCGAUUCGGACGAAGAUUCUAGCUCAAGCAGCUCCAGUUCCGAUUCGGAUUCUAAUUCUAGCUCAAGCAGCUCCAGUUCCGAUUCGGAUUCUGAUUCUAGCUCAAGCAGCUCCAGUGACGAGGAACAGUUCAAGAAACGCAAACCGCGCAGCCUUCGUCGUGACUUAGAUAACGACAACAGACAAGGGAAUGAUCUUGAGAAGAGUCCUCAGAGCGGUAAGGGUGCCGAAAUAGAAUCGGUGGUGGCCAACGUGGCGAGAAAGGACCUCUCUAAGCUAGCCAAGCAGAUAGCAGAGGAGCUUCAGCGUCCUAGCAGCAUCCCGAAAGAACAUACUCUCGAGAAGUUUAACACACUUGUUCAGAUGGUUCGUGCCCUGAGCGCAAAGGAGAUCAACCAAAUGCAUCAGAGCUUCUAUCAACCCUACGACAAAACCAACUCCAACAGCCAGAGUGAGAGUGUACGCAGGAACGCUUGGGUGGCGUUCCGCGAUGCUGUAGUAGCGGCUGGAACUGGACCAGCUCUUCUGAGCAUCAAGCAGUGGAUCAAACAGAAAAAACUGAGCGAUUUCGAGGCUGCGGCAGCCGUGGCUUCCCUGCCGAAAGCGGCUCGCUACCCAACUCCCGCCUACAUUGACGCCUUUUUCUCAUUGGCCACGGAUCAGCAAGUGGUCGAUCAGCCCUUCCUGAACACUUCUGCCAUCCUCGCUUUCACCGAACUGGUCCGUCUAACUCAGGCCAGCAACAGUUCAGCUCACUACCGCUACCCGGUUCAGAAUCUCGCCGGCCUUUCACCAAGGGAUCAAUCAGCUGUCACCCGCAAGUAUCUUCCUUACCUGAGCCAGAAGCUGCAAUCCGCCAUCAGCCGAGCUGACAGUCCAAAGAUUCUGACGUACAUCAGAGCUCUGGGCAAUUUAGCUCACCCUCAGAUACUCGCCGCGUUCGAACCUUACUUGGAAGGACAGAAAGACGCUUCAGACUUCCAGCGUUUGUCAAUGGUCGGCGCCAUGGAUAAGCUGGCACUUAUGCAUCCCAAGGUUGCCCGCUCUGUGCUCUUCAAGAUCUACCAAAAUACAGGCGAGGCUCACGAAGUGCGCUGCGCUGCCGUGUUCCAGUUGAUGAAGACCAAUCCACCCGCAAGCAUGCUUCAAAGAAUGGCUCAAUUCACAAACUGGGAUGUAAAUGAGCAAGUGAACUCUGCGGUUAAGACUGCCAUCGAAAGCGCGGCAGAACUUGACCAAGAAGAGAAUUCGGAACUUGCGGCCAACGCUCGUGCGGCCAAAGAUAUGCUUAAUCCGAAAAUUUACGGAAUCCAUUACAGCCAGGGCUACUUGAGAGACCACAUUGUUGAGGAAAUGAAUCUUGCGUACAAAUUGUUCACCAAUUCCAUCGGAAGCCAAGACAGCAUCUUGCCACAGGCGAUCUUUAUGCGCCUGAAGACUAGCCGGGGUGGUUACAACGAUUCUCCAUUUGAAAUGGGAGCUAUGGUCUCGAGUAUUAACGACUUGAGCAACUAUAUAAGUGAGCAAUUUUCAUUCGGUGACGAUGAUAAGGGUCGUAAUCAGAAACAGUCACGUGGAAAGGGUAGAUGGAGUCCGGAAAACAUUGCCAAAAUGCUGAACAUCGAGUCAGACGAUGCGGAACAACUCGAGGGGCGGUUUUGGUUCAACAGCGUAGGAUGGCAGAGCCACUUUGCCUUCGAUAAUCACACCCUCGAUCAGAUCCCCCGAAUGAUUAGGAAUGCAGCUCAGGCCGCGAAGGAAGGCAAGAGUUUCAACAGGACAGAAUUCUCGGACAACGAAAUAUUCCUGACAAUGCCCACUGUGACGGGAUUCCCCUUCGUAUACUCCGUAAAGAAACCAACUCUCUUCAAAAUCGGUGGUGAAGUUCAGGCGCGUAGCAAGCCCGACUUGACUCACGGUCCAUCAGACGAAUUGAAGAUCCCAUCGACCACCAACGUUACCACAGACAUCCAUUUCGUUUAUUCCACGCAUAUCCACGCCCGAAUUCAAUUCAUCACGCCGUUUGAUUAUCAUUCGUACGAAGCCGGAAUUGUCAAGAAUUUCCAAAUGAACGUUCCCCUUCGCAUUCACGCAGAUUUUGACGCGGAGAAUCAGCAUAUCCGGGUGAAACUUCAGCCUAUCCAACAAGACCGCGACUACAACCUGUUCCACUACAGCACCAAACCUUACACCUCCAAGAAUGACAUUCGUAACAUUUCCCCUGUCAUCCACCAAGAUAAUACGCAGCCUAUCAGCACCGGAGAACAAAUCCAGAAUGACUACGACUUCGGUAAGAAGACUACCGGAAUGGCUUUCCGUCUCAAGUCAUCGUCGGAGCGAAGAUCUCGGCAGCCGAUGUGCGCGUGGCUUCAGGAACAAAUGGCACCUCACGAUGCCGUGUCUGCUUUCACUUUCCCAUUCGCCCAGCAAGUCAUCGAGCAAGCUAGAUACGAUCUGGUGUGGGACUCCAGGAGUAGCAGCUCAAAGUCUGUUGUCGUAACGGCUUCCUGGGACAGCCAGAGAUCCGACGAAAGCGGUGACCGCAAGGACUCAUCGUCUGGCACCCCUCAGCCGUCCAGCAAGAAGCCUGACAGUCAAAAACGCCAAGAUGAAUUGCAAGACCAGGCAGCUUCGGGUAUCAAUGACGCUGACGUCGCCUCCAUCGACGUUGGAGUGGCCUUCCAAGGGCAGAGCGACGCCCAAUACGCAAUGACCGCCGCAGUGGCGAGCAGCAACACCGACGACACCUCCCGUUUACUUUUCUACUACUACAAGAAAUCGGCCAAUGACAAAACGUACGAAGUUUGUAUGCGCGCCGAGUCUGAGAUGCCGAAUGUGCCCGAAAUGGACUUCACAAAAGCCUUGAAGGCCGACCCAAAAAGCAAGGUCGAGUUUGCCGUCAACUUUGGAGAACAGUGCCAGUCUGGCGGCAGUAUCGAGGUUAAAGGAAAGUGGGAGCAGAGCUCAGAACUGACGGAUUAUCUUCGUCAGCACCCCAUGGCUAAGCAGUGCGCCGGACAGAUGGAAAAGGGCGACUACGCUCUGCCUGCCUGUCGCAACAUGACAGCCCGUGCCAACCAUAUGGACGAAGCUCACUUCACCAUCAAGUAUAAGAACAUUCCCGCAACGGCGCAGAACAUGACUUUCAGUGCCUACAGGGCCGCCCAGUACUUCGCCUUCGAGAACGCCUACGAGAACGUGGUCGACCCCAAGGAUCAGGAAGAGGGUAGGAUCGACGUCGACCUUGAAUUUUCCAACGAAUUCGACUCCAUGAAUAUAUCCAUCAACACUCCAGCCAUGGACGCCAACUUCACCGAUAUUGAGAUUACCCAUUUUGCUCGACCUCUGUUUGCUGUUCACCCUGUUUAUUCCGCUGCUCAGCGCCUGGGAAGAAAGGCUAUGUAUGGACAGUACAAUCCUCAAUGUGUUGUGGACAACAACUCUGCCAACACCUUCGACAACAAAACCUACCCAGUCGAACUCGGCAAAUGCUGGCACGUACUGAUGGUCACUGUGCCUGAGGAAGAUCCUGACAACAACAACGACGAUUUGGACAUCCCAGAAGACAUGCAAGUCACCGUGAUUGCCCGUGACGUCAGCAAUGACGAAAAGGAGAUCAAUAUCACCUUGGGUGAUGACGAAAUCACUUUCUCCCCAUCGAAAUCGGGACCCAAGGUUCAGGUGAACGGAAAACAGAUCGAAGUCUCCGAAGAUGAGUCCUACGCCGAAAUCGACGACGAAGAACUCGAUGUCGACUGGGAAAUAUUCGCACUUCCCGGCGGUUCCGUCAAGCUCAGUUCCUACGAGUUCGGCAUCGAGGCUGUUUACGACGGAUCCCGCGUCAAGAUUUCGGCUGCUCACAAGUACCGCGGAUCCGUUCGCGGACUGUGUGGUAACUUCAACGGCGAAACUUCCGACGAAUUUACAACGCCCCAAAACUGCGUCCUCAAGAACCCCGAGGAAUUCUCCGCCAGCUGGGCGCUGACAAGCGAACAGUGCAGCGGUCAGGCUUUGAAGAACUCUCAGAUUGCUCGGAGUGCUUAUUGUCCGCGCAAGAUGAAUCUCUUCGGCAACGUGGUGAGCGAACAGGAGGCUGGACGUUCCAAACCUCGAAACAGCAAGUUUGGAGGCAGACGUGACGAGACGCAAGGUCAGUCUCAGCGCGGAUCGUCCCGCGGUCAGCAGCAAGGUAGAAGUUCACCGUUCUGUUACACCCACAAGACGGAGGUAGUACGCGAAAAUGGAGAGACCUGCUUCUCCUUGAGACCAGUGCCAACUUGCGCCUCCAGAUGUCGUCCUCAGGGUAAGAGGGAGAAGGCAGUCCAGAUGCACUGCGUCGAGAACAGCCAAGCUGCGUCGAAGAUCGCUGACCAAGUUCGCGACGGUCACAGCCACGAUUUCAGCAGGAAAUCCGUGUCCAAGACCAUAAGGAUGUCUAUUCCCACUUCCUGCUCUGCGUAGGAUGAUCGUUAACGAAUUUUUACGACGAUACGAUACGUUAGUCUUCAUUUAGAUGUGAAAUACUGUGAUUUUUUUACGGAAAUUUUUCCUACUCGAAUUAUUAUUGUUAUAGCGAAUUCGAUAGUUAUUUUCCAAUAAAAUCACAACCUGCUCGCUUA